UAACAAUCUAUCUUCUAAUAUGACACCACCGACGACUUCCAGACUAAGCCAUUAGCCACCCCACCUCUCACCUCACUUCAACGCCAUCAAACCACCUUUCUCUCCUCCGAUAACAAAACUCUCUCUCUCUCUCUCAUUCUUCGUCUUAUUUCAUUGAGAUCCACGAAGGGGCGAUAUUGUGGACUGUGAUUAAUGGUGCCGGAGAGGCCUUGAGAAUUGCCGUCGAUCCGAUCAGAUGGACAAAAAUAAGAACCGAACGGAUCUCCUCGCUGCCGGCCGGAAAAAGCUUCAACAGUACAGGCAGAAGAAAGACAGCAAAGGUGGUAAAUCAUCAGGUAAACCAGGCAAAUCCGGGAGUGAUGCCUCUAUAAAUCCUGCUAAUGUUCCAGCGGCAACACAGCAUGUUCCUGAUGCAGAAAGAUUACAUUCUAGCAAUGAUGCUGUUUCUUUAUCUGAGACGCAUACUAUAAAGGACAGUGUGGACUCUAACAGUAAUAUUCCAGUACCUGUUGACUCUGAAGAGAAACCUACCAAGUCAACAAAGCAUGAGCCUGUUGACUUGUUGUCUUAUCCCGAUUCUAGUAAUACUGUUGAAGCACUUGCUCCUAGAGUUGAUGAGGAAAGGCUGCAUAGCAUAGAGCAGGAACCUUACAAUCCAGAUUCAGAACAAGUUGAUGCAACGAGUGAGGUAGAGAUUGAAGGAGAGAAAAAACAUUCUUUAAGUGAACUUGGUGACAGUGCUAGUGAUCAGGCAACAACUGAUGUUGGGGGGAAUGGACUGAGGAAGGAAAAGAAUGAAACAACCCAUAGUACUGAGCCAGAUGAUGCUACAUCAAUUGAUAUUGAAUCUAAAGAUGCAGAAGAGAGGGAUGGACAUUCAAGUGCUCUUGAGUCUUUACAUGAUUCAGACUCUGCUGUAAGUUCUCAAGUUGUUUGUGGUCAGAUGGAAGCUGUUUCAACUGAUUAUGCUGGUGGCCAUAUGGAAAGGGCUAAUUCAUCUGAUUGUGGUAAUAAUAAUUCUGCGAAAUAUAUAAAAGAUAUAAUUGUGAACUUUUCAUCUGGACAAAAUGCUUGUUCAAUCAACCUGUCACAGCUCGCAGAGGUUGUAAGAAGCCUUGAUGAAGAUGAGUUCAAGUUCUUGUUCAUGUCUAGAGAUUCUGCUUUGAAAACAUUAGUAAAUGCAGAAAUGUUGUCUGGAUCCGUUCCCAACUUUGUUGAUGUUUAUGGAAGGAUGAAGGAGCAAUUAUACCUUGCCAAUCUCGUCAAAGAUGUUAAAUCUUUACAGCUUGCUGAAGAGAUGGAGUUUCAAAUGUCUGAGGCCAAUGCUUCAGUCAAUGAACUUGGAAACAAGAAUGCAAUGCUUGCCAUUGAGCUUGCACAAGUUAGAUCUGAACUUCAGAUGGUGGUUGCUGAAAAAGAGGGAAUUCAGAAACAGUUCCAAAUCUCAAAAGCUGAGGUCCUGGAUCUUUCUGCUAGAGCUGAUGAAUUGGAGAUUAAAUUAAACAUGUCAAAGGAGGACCUUGACAACCUCUCAGCAGAAUUGGUGGGCUGCAGAAAUUUGGUGUCAGCUUUAGAGGUUGAAAAGGAAAACCUGAGUGCAAAGGUUGAUUUGUUAUCCAAAGAGAAUAAGAAGCUUCAGGAGGAGAGGGGGGACUUUGUGCUUGAAAUUGAGAAGUUGGAAAUGGAAUUGGUACAAAGCAAAGCUUCAUUGCUAUCAUUGCAGUCGGAAAAUCAAGUUUCUAAUGACAACCUCACUUCCUUGAAUGAGGAGAGAAGGAAACUUCAAAUAGAAAAGGAAUAUUUUGUCUGUGAGAAUGAUAAACUGCUUGCUGAAGUAGCAGACUGCAAAAAAACAAUAGAAGCCCUUCACGCAGAGAAGACAAACUCAAAUGAGAUUUUGGUACUUUUGGAGGAAAAACACUCUUUGCUCAAUGAUACUGGUAGACUAUCUGCAGAGCUUAGGGAGAGCAAGGCUUCAGUGGAAGCUCUUCAGAUGAAUGUUUCUGAAACAACAACACGCCUCACCACUUUAAUGGAGGAAACAAAUAAACUUGAGGACGAGAAGCAGCAAAUUCUCACAAAGAAUGAUGAACUAUUGCUGGAAUUGACUGAAUCCCAGAACUUGGUUGCUGUUUUGCAGGCACAAUGUAGUGAGUCUGUAACUGAUCUGAAGAGUUCAACUUUGCGAAUGGAACAGCUAACUGAGGAAAAUAUGCAUCUGAAGAGUAGUUUGGAAUUACAGAAAUCCAAGAUCAAAGAAUUUGAUAACCGAAGUAGAUCAUCCUCUCAAUCUGACACCAUGCUUGCAGAGUGCAAAGCUAAAUAUGAGUCUUUGAUUGAGUACACAGAUCAUUUGGAACAUGAAAACAUGGUGAUUAUGGUUCUCAAUGAAACUUUCAGGCAGUAUAUCAACUGUGCCAAAUCCAAGGAAGGAGACUUUAUGGCACUUUAUGAUGCUUUGCAGAAAAAUGAAGUCACAUUGAAAGCGGAGAAUAGUCAUUUCAGUGAAAAGUUGAGUGAAUUUCAAACCAGAACUUGUGAAAUGCAACAUCAGCUGAAUGAAAUGCAACAAAGCUACAAUGAGAUGUCUUCUUCUGCCUUUAUUCAAGUGGAAGCUCUUAAGAAAGAAGUGGCUGACAGGAAAUCAGUACUUGAAGAAGAAUGGGAUUCUCUUGUUGCUGAGGUUAUGGAGACACUAAGUAAGCUAGACUUGUCUAUUGUGCCUGAUAGCCCCUCCUUGUUAACUGGAAGAGAAAAAGGAUUUGAUCGCCUUGCCCUAACCAGCCAUAUUGCUACUUCUGUCAACAAUGCCAUCAAAUUGAUUGAAUCUCUACAUGGGCAAGCUGAAGCUGCUCGGUCUGAUCAAGAAGCAGCUACGAGUAGCUUCAAUGAAAUGAAUAAAAGGUUUGAUGUUCUACAAGGAGAAAAGGAAAUGGUAAUUGGUCUAAUUUAUAAGAUCUACGGGAAUCUCACUGGACUUGUCAAUGAGAUGUCUGAUCAAGUAGGAGAAGCUGAAAUCAACACAGGAAAUGAGAAACCAGUAGAUCCUUUGCUUCCUAGUAUUUGGGAUACCCUUUUGGAACAAUUCUGGAAGUUGAAUAGGGAGCACCUGCGAAUUGAGGCUAUGAAUUCUGAACUCACUUCAGAAUUGGAAAAGGUGAAGGAUUCAAAUGAACUAAACAAAUCGUUCCUUGAUUCAGAUUCUAUCUUGAAGUGUGUUGGAUAUGUUGAAAGAGUGAUUGCACUGGAUGGAGUUGAUAUAAAUGUAGACCAACCUGCAAUCUGUGUACAGUCUCUGACUCAUUUCGUGGUUGAAAAAUACAAAGAGGCUGUUGAGCAGGUAAAGUUGUUCUCAGAAAGAGAUGCUUCUAAGGAAAAGCAAAUGAUUGAUUUGCAAAAACAAAUAGAUCAGCUGAGUUUCUUAUUCAUCCAAAUGGAAAAUGAAAAUUUCAUUCUUAAGGAAAGCUUGAGGAAGGUUAAAGAGGAUGCUGUGGCUCUCAAUUCACAAUUUAGUGAGAGAGUUUCUGAAACUGAGCAGUCAAAUAUACGAGUGGCAUCUCUAAGAGAGAAGCUAAGCAUAGCAGUUACAAGGGGAAAAAGUUUGAUUGUGCAGCGUGAUAGUCUUAAACAGUCUCUUGCAGAGACAUCUAGUGAACUGGAGAAAUGCUCACAGGAAUUGCAGUUGAAAGAUUCCAGGCUUCAUGAACUUGAGAUGAAACUCAAGACCUAUUCGGAGGCUGGUGAGAGGAUGGAAGCUCUUGAAUCUGAACUCUCAUAUAUUCGAAACUCUGCUACUGUAUUACGGGAAUCAUUCCUUCUCAAAGACUCAGUUCUCCAGAGAAUAGAGGAGAUUUUGGAAGAUUUAGAGCUGCCGGAGCACUUCCAUUCCAAAAGCAUUCUUGAAAAAAUUGACUGGUUGGCUAAGUCAGUCUCCGGAAACUCAUUGCAUGUAACUGAUUGGGAUCAGAAAAGUGCUGUUGGAGGAUCAUACCCUGAAUCUGGAACUGGUGUCUUGGAUGGCUGGAAAGAGGAUGCACAGCCAAGUUUGAGUUCGUUUGAAGACCUCAAGGUAAAAUAUGAAGAUCUGCAAAACAAGUUUUAUAGGUUGGCUGAGCAAAACGAGAUGCUUGAACAAUCUUUGAUGGAAAGGAACAACCUUGUUCAACAUUGGGAAGCCAUCUUGGAUACAAUAGAAAUGCCUUCACAGUUGAGGUCUGUGGAGCCAGAUGAUAAGAUUAGUUGGAUAGCUUUUGCUCUUUCAGAGGCUCAAAACUACUGUAAUUCUCUCCAGCAGAAGAGUGAUAAUUUUGAGGCUUUAUUUGAAGAGUCAAAUAGAAGAUUAUCUGAUCUUGAGGCUUCAUUUGAGUCUGCCAUCAAUGAGAAAGAGGUUCUCUCAAGAAAUUUAGACACUCUUACCCAUGAUCAUGAAAAAAUAUCGGAAAAGGCUGCUCAAUUUGAAGCCAGGAAUGAUGAUAUGCAGCAUACAAUCAAUUCCUUGCAAGAGAAAUUGGAUGAAAUGCUUGGGAUAGAGGAACGUGUUCAUCAUAUUUUGGGAGAGAUACAAAGAUUGCAAGAUUUGGUUAGGGAUGCCCUUCAGGACAAUGUCACUGAUGAUCAAUUAUAUAGUGUUGAUGGCAUUAAAUAUUUGGAGCAAUUAUUGAGGAUGCUUAUAGAUAAAUAUAAAACACUUUCUCUGGGCGAAGCUAUUAAUAAGGAUACAGCAGUUGAACGUGUUUUGCAAGAGGUUGAUCUGACAGAGAGCGAGAAAGGAGCAAGUGAAUCGAGGUAUGAUGAGGAUAAAGAUGUAGCUGUUCUGAAUAGAAAGCUGGAGGAUGCUUUGGGUGACAUGAUGUGCUUGAAGGAGGAAAGAGAUGUAUUUGUGGAGAAAAACCAAUCUUUGGUUUCUGAAGUUGAAGCUCUGAAUAUGAACAAGAAAGAAUUGCAGGAAUUGCUUAGUCAGGAGGAGCUGAAGAAUCAAUCUUUGGUUUCUAAAAUUGAAGCUCUAACUAUGAAUAAGAAAGAGUUGCAGGAACUUCUUAGCCAGGAGGUGCAGCAGAAUCAAUCUUUUGUUUCUGAAGUUGAAGCUCUUAAUAUGAAUAUGAAAGAAUUGCAGGAAUUGCUUAGUCAGGAGGAGCUGAAGAAUCAAUUGUUGGUUUCUGAAGUUGAUGCUCUGAAUAUAAAUAAGAAAGAAUUGCAGGAGUUGCUUAAUCAGCAUGAGCUGAAGAAUCAAUCUUUGAUUUCUGAAGUUGAAGCGCUAAAUAUGAAAUAUAAAGAAUUGCAGGAACUGCUUAGUCAGCAGGAGCUGAAAAAUCAAUCUUUGGUUUCUGAAGUUGAAGCUCUGAAUAUGAAUACAAAAGAAUUGCAGGAACUUCUCCGUCAGGAGGAGAUGAAGUCAACUUCUUUAAGGGAGAAACUAAAUGUUGCAGUUAGAAAAGGCAAAUCCUUGGUACAACAUAGGGACAGCUUGAAGCAAUCAAUUGAAGAGUUAAAUAUGGAUGUGGAAAACUUGAAAUCUAAGAUAAAGCAACAGGAAAAUGUUAUUUCAGAUUAUGAAGAAAGGAUCAAGGAUGAGUCCACAUUCCAAGAAAAGAUAAAGAGCAUAGAAUCUGAUAGUGUGCUUCUGCAAAGUCGUGUGGCUGAAGCUGAGUACUCUUUGCAGGAGAAAGAGCAUAUAUUGGCUAUUAUUUUGAAUGCUCUUGAUGAAAUUGAUUUUGGUGUCUUGUCUACUAUCAGUAGCCCAGUUGAGAAGGCCAAACAUGUUGGCAAGCUAUGCUAUGAUUUACAGUCCGCUCUGACCUCCUCUGAACAGGAAGCAAGAAAAUCCAAAAGAGCAGCUGAGCUACUGCUUGCUGAACUAAAUGAAGUUCAGGAAAGAAAUGAUGGCCUCCAAGAGGAGCUAGCAAAUGCUUUCCGUGAGGUUACAAAGUUAUCCAAGGAAAGGGAUUUUGCUGAUGCUGCUAAAAAUGAAGCUAUUGCUAAUCUUGAAAAGCUCUCUGCUGCUUACUCUGAAGAAAGACAACACCAUGUAGCGGAGUUUCUGGUACUAAAAACCAGCAUGGAACAACUCAAGGGUGAUCUCUCUAUUAUUAGAAAUUCAUUCAGUGAUGUGCUUUUGAAGGAUUUGGAGAUUUUGCAUAACCUUGGAGCCAGCUUAAAGGUGUGCUUAGAAUCAAGGGAUGCCCCAAUUGACAUUGCCCUUAUUGGAGCUGCUGCUCCAGGUGGCACUAUUACUAUUACAUCAACAAACAAGGCUUUUAUGGUAGAACUCAGCUCUAUUCGUGAAAUGUUAGAUACGCAUUCACAACUGGUGCAUGACGAAGCUAGACGCAUAUCUGAAAUUGUGGGAGGUAUUCAUGAAGAGAUAACCACACAAAAACAGUCUUUUGAAUCCAUGGAGAAAGAUGUUGCAUGGUUAAAAUCUAUCGAGAAGGAGAAGGAUUCUGAAUUGCUUCAGAUGCGUAGAUACAAUACCUUGCUUUAUGAGGCUUGCACUAAUUCUGUCGUGGACAUUGAAAAUUGGAGAAGACAGAAUUUUGGCAACAAUUUAGCCGCUUCUGCUCCUGGAAAUAAUUUGAUAUCUUUGCCUUCUGUUGGUAGAGGUUUGACCGAAGACAAUGACUUCUACUCUGAAGAAAGCAUUAGGUCUGUGAGUGAGAGAUUGCUUUUAUCUGUGAAAGACGUUAUGAGUAUGCAAAUGGAGCUUGCUGAAGAUAAGCAAAAGGACAUUAAAGCUUCUAUAUCAGAUCUACAGAAAGAGCUUCAAGAGAAAGAUAUCCAGCGAGAGAAAAUUUGUAGGGAGCUAGUUAGUCAGAUCAAGGAAGCUGAAGCUGUUGCCAAUAAUUACUUACAAGAACUUCAGCUAACAAAGGUUCAGGUAAGUGAUUUACAACGAUAUGUGAAGUCAAUGGAAGAGGAGCAAACUAAAUUGGAAUAUAGAAUAAAAGAAAUGCAAGAUCAGGGUGCUGCAUUUGCAGAUGCACAAAGAAGAGUUAAAUCGCUUGAAGAUACGGUUGCUGCAAAGGAACAAGAAAAUGAGGCAUUGAUGCAAGCGCUUGAUGAAGAAGAAGCUCAAAUUGAAGAGAUGUCAAACAAGAUUGGGGAACUGGAAACAGCUUUGCUACAAAAAAAUAAAGAUAUGGAGAACCUCGAAGUUUCCCGUGGGAAGGCUCUGAAGAAGCUUUCUGUCACAGUAAGUAAGUUUGAUGAACUCCAUAAUCUAUCUGAAAACCUGCUCUCUGAGGUUGAGUCACUUCAGUCACAAUUGCAAGAGCGAGAUGGAGAAAUAUCAUUCUUGAGGCAGGAGGUUACUAGGUGCACAAAUGAUGCACUAGCUGCAAGUCAGAUGAGCAGCAAACGGAGCAGUGAUGAAGUUCAUGAUUUGUUGGCAUGGUUAGACAAGACAAUUUCUGGUGUCCAGGCAAAUGAUGCAAAUCUUGAUAAUGUGAAAGUUAACCAGGUCCAUGAAUAUAAAGAAAGUCUACAGAAGCAGCUCAUGUCUAUUGUGUCCGAGCUGGAAGGUCUACGUGUUGCAACACAAAGCAAGGAUCUGCUGUUGCAAUCUGAGAAAGCUAAAGUGGAAGAACUGAUGAGUAAAGAAGAUAUCCUUGAGAGUUCCUUACAUGAAAAGGAUGCUCAAUUGGCCAUACUAAGAGGUGCUGGAGACCCUGGACGUGUAACUAGUACAAGCUCUGAGAUUGUGGAAAUAGAACCUCUGAACAAGUGGGACACACCUGGGACAGUCACUUCUCAAGUUCGCAGUUUGCGCAAAACCAACAAUGAUCAUGUUGCCAUUGCUGUAGAUGUGAAUCCUGAUGGUAGGGAGCUUGAAGACGAAGAUGAUGAUAAGGCACAUGGUUUCAAGUCGUUAACUACCUCAAGAGUUGUACCAAAGUUUACAAGACCAUUGACUGACAUGGUAGAUGGUUUAUGGGUAUCUUGUGAUCGGACUCUAAUGCGACAACCUGCUUUGCGGCUUGGUGUAAUAUUGUAUUGGGCCGUGUUACAUGCUCUUCUUGCAACCUUUGUUGUAUGAGAAACUGUGCAGGUUCAGGUUCCCGUCUUGUUUCCAUUUGGUAGCAGCGACCCCCGAACAUGACAAUUCCAAUGUGUUAAUACUUCCUUUCUGUGUCACCAACCUUUUUUUGUCUGUUGGUUAAAUGUGAUUGGGAAAUUCAUUAUUUUGGUCAAACCAGGAACUGUUAUUUUGUGCGGUCACAAAUGACAGGAUCAUCCUGGUUUCAUACAAUAAGGAAAACCUUAGCUGUAGCCUGUAGGGUAUAUAGCUUGAGAUUUUGUUGGCAGCAGUAGGAUUAUUGUCCCUUUAUCAUAGGUUUUAUACAAAUUCUGUGAGGCUGCAUUAUGUAAUAUGGCAACUAAUUUUGUUGCCUUAUCAUCCGUUCAGGCACAUUGAAUAGAUCAUCUGAAUUUAAUUAUAAGAUAUUGUAGAGAUUAGUAGAGACUACAAUAUAGUCAUUUCAUUCAUUCAUUC